CCUAAAUUGAAUUCCUGCUGCUGUUUUAUCUCCAUCUUCUUAAAAUCCCCCAAAUUCUUAUAUCCUCUGUUUCCUCAUCAACAAAACCAAUAGAAUGGGUAUGUUCAGUGAUCUUCCAUCAGAUGUAAUGUUAGACAUUUUCACUAGGUUACCAGCUGAAUCAAUUGGGGAUUGCAAAUCAGUUUCCAAGAGAUGGAGAAACGUUCUUCGCCAUCCAUCCUUCAAUCAAAUGCACUCAAAUCUCCUCCUUAGUAACCUUGAUUCUUCUGCUGAUUCCGGUAAGCUUAAUUUUAGUUUCAGGAUGGAUGAUCUUUCUGAACCAUUUUCCAGAAACUUAUAUUAUCUAGAAUAUGAUGACGAAGUUUCUUCUCAUACAGUUAAGAAACUGAAAUUGAAACCUCCGUUUGAGUUAUACAGUAUACUUGGAUCAUGUAACGGUUUGGUUUGUAUAAACGGAUUGCCUAAACAUUAUACCAGUGCUUCUUAUGUUGCUUAUAUCUGUAAUCCCAUCACUGGAGAAUCUAUCACCCUUCCUGAACUUGAUAGAGCCACAUACUAUCAUAAUGUUUUUUUCAUGACUUGUGGAUUUGGUUACGUUGCUGCGACUAAUGAGUACAAGGUUGCUAGGCUUUACACUCUCUGGAAAGACCCCAAGGCAGCACAAAUUGAGGUUUAUACUCUCGGCAGUGGUAAAGGAUGGAGAAGCGUUGGGAAGAUAAACAACUAUUUGAUGGACAUUUCUAUGCUAAAUCCUUUCUUCGGAUUUAUUUAUUGGACCCUCAGAGAGGGGAGAAUUAUGGCAUUUGAUUUGGCUAAUGAGAUUUUUGUAGAAUUAGAUGAAUAUUAUAAUAAGAAUUUUCGGGAUACGGUGUUGGGAGGUCAUUACUGUGGUAUACACUACAGUGAAGACGAGACAUUUAGUUGGAGUAUGGUUACCCAAGAAAAAAGAAGACGAGACAUUUAGUUGGAGUAAAGAGUUCAGUUUAAUCAAUAUGGAUCCAUACACUUCUUCACUUGCCCUUACGAGUAGUGGUAGAGUUUUAUGUUACACAAGUACAAAGCUCCAUCUUUAUGACCUGAAGUCUUCUUCUUCCAUAAUGCUCGAGGACUUUGCAUCUUUUGGUAGAAAAAUUCAUCACGGAGUUCCACACAUGAUGAACACUUUAGUUUCGGUGAAAGCAUUUGGAGAAGAAAACAUGGAGACUGGAAGGUCCGUGGAAGCAAUUGAAACUUGAAGAAGUAUCGUAAAGAGCAAAAAGAGGUGAGUCUUUUAUUUGUACGUCACCUAGGAAUACCUUAGAGCCUGGAUGAGAUCUGAAUAGAAGUAGGCAUGCAUGAAAAUUAAGAAGCAGGCAUGCCGAAGUAGGCAUGGAUAAUCUCGUAGGAUUCUUUUCAGUUAGUUGCUCUUCUUUCACUGAUUUUUUAAGUAGGGUAACUCUUGUUAUGAAGUCUGAUUCCACAAAUUGGUCUGAGAAGGAUUCAACUGAUGAUUCCGAUUUUAUGGUUUGUUUUACAAAUAAAAUGAGUUCUGCGUUCCCAACA